GACGAGAAUCGAUGGAAGCUUUAUGGAGUUUGGAGGAGAAAUGGAAACUCACAACACAAGAAGCUGUGAUUGUCGUCGUUUGUGCUGCUUCCGCCAUCGUCGGGCUUUGCGCUGCCGCGUUUCUCAGAAAGAAGGCUCGGAAGAAGCCGGUGUCGGACCGAGACACGGUGUCGGAUUGUCCGACGAAUGCGAAAUGGUGUGAGCCGAGUUGUGGUUGGGUUUCGAAGAGAAUUUUGAUGGGAUCGGUGAUGUGGAGUGGGGCUAAACGGUGGCGGGAGAGGAGCUUCAGGUGGGAGGAGAGGCAGCCGCCGUUGCUUGGAUUGGAAGAGUACGAAGGUGGUGUGGGGUUGCGGAGCCAUAACUCGGAGUCGCCGGUGUGGCAACGGCCGAUACUUAUGGGGGAGAAAUGCGAGCUGCCGCGGUUUAGCGGAUUGAUUUUGUACGAUGAAAGAGGACAGUUGCUUGAUGAUUCCAUCGAGAGAAGUUCCGACCAGGGAGACGAUCACCAGGGGAAAUCCAUUGCAGUGGUGAGAACAACACUAAGGGACCUUCUCUAAUUUUUCUACUCAACUAGUCGUGACAAAGAAAAGUUUUUCCAGGGAUGUAAUUGAAGUUUUUUCUUUAUCAGUUUUGUACAAAUUAUUCUAUCAGGCCUCGAAUAUCG